AUGUUGUUUAAACGGAUCAUUGAAGGAAAGUCCAUGUUGAACGCGGAUGCCAAGAACAUUUCGUCGGAGAAAUGUUCUAGAAGGAGGUCGGAAUGUGAUGGAUGUAGUGAACAUUCCACUAUAUUGGAAGAAAUGAUGAAGAUGGUGUUGCUUGGUGUGGUGCUCUGGGCGGGAGUCACCUUCGGGAGUCAUGUGGCUCCUUAUCCUCUAAACCUUAUUUUAUCUACUGACAUUAGUCAUCCACCACCUAUGUAUGAUUAUCCGUUUCCGAGUGCUGAAAUGUUGAGAAGGUUACCGCCUGUCACAGCGCUACAUACAAACAGGUCGAUAAGGAUCAGCAAGCUAGAAGUAUCCAUGUUAGAAAGGUUGGAAAUAAACCUGCAGUCCGCUGGGAUCACCCCUAAAGCGGGCUCUGCUGCCCUUGGUCUGGCGAUCGACGGUUCGGUCUCCGAAAAUGCCAUGCACUAUGAGAAGUCAUCGAUGACGAUCACCAAAGCGUCUCAGAAUCUAGUCUAUACGAGAUGCCGAAGAUAUGGUUUGCCUAAUGAUGAGUGUGCGAGUUUCAUCAGCACGUUGAAUUUGCGUGAGAGUGAGUUUGGUGGCGAGUGUGCGGCUCUAGAGCGUUUCACUUGUCAUACAAAUAAGAUGUCGUCGAAGUAUCGUACUUUUGAUGGUUCCUGCAACAACCCCGUGCGGUCUUCCUGGGGUCAGGCACUCACCGGCUACAAACGUCUUCUGCAUCCCAGAUAUGCCGAUGGCAUUGAAGAGCCUCGUCGUGCUUUGAGUCACAAUGCGUUGCCGUCUCCUCGUGCUGUCAGUACUAAGCUUACAAGUAACCUGGACGUGCCAAACAAUGGCAAGACAAUGGCAUUGGCUAUCUGGAGUCAGUUUGUCUACCAUGAUCUGGUCCAUACUCCGGUUCGCAAAACAAUUCAUACGAACCAAGCUAUUCGGUGCUGUGGAAACGAUGGGUUCCCUCUUAGUCCAAGAUACAUCCAUCCAAGCUGUAUGCCUAUCUCUGUGCCUCAUGAUGAUCCUUUCUACAAGGAGAAGUAUGUCACCUGCAUGGAGUACACACGAUCCGUUACUACUUACAGAGGAGACUGCACUUUUGGAGCUGCUGAGCAGAUGAACCAGGCUACACAUUUCCUGGAUGGGUCAAACAUUUACGGCGCAAACAGUUACGAUGCAGCAGCCCUACGUGAGAGAACCGGUGGACUUCUAAAGACCGCUCAAAUUGAAGACGAAGAACAUCUGCCAUUAGUUGCCAACCCUACUGAGCAGUGCCUUGUGGACAGCAAAACUGGAACUUGCUUCAACACUGGUGACGCCCGUGCCAACACCCAUCCAUGGCUAGCGAGUAUGUACUCCAUUUGGGUGAGAGAACAUAAUCGCAUCGCUCGUAGUCUGGCUACUCUGAAUCCUGGCUGGAACUCCGACCGUCUGUACCAUGAAGCAAGAAGGAUUGUUAUCGCUGAACUCCAACACAUCACCUACAAAACCUGGUUGCCUGCACUUACCGGAAAAUCCUUCGAUGAGUUAUAUGAGAGUUAUGACCCAGGAUACGUCUCAGAGAUUGAUCCCACAAUUACAAACUCUUUCGCCACCGCCGCCUUCCACUUCGUCAACAGCAUUCUUGACCAGGACAUUGAACUCGUUGACAAAGACAACAGUGUGACGCCUCACCGCCUUCUGAACAACUACUUCAAGCCAGAGCUGGUGUCAAAGAAGGGAGGAUUGGAGAAGAUCUUAAGAGGAAUGAUUAGCCAGAAGAGUCAGGGAUUGGACUUCAACUAUGAUGAUGACCUUCGUCAGCAAUGGUUGGGUGGUCUUGAUGUGUUGGCUGUGGACAUCCAACGCGGUCGUGACCAUGGUCUACCUGGAUACAUCCAAUACCGCACUCUCUGUGGUUUACCUGCCGUCUCCAGCUUCCAACAACUCAGUGAUGUUAUGCCAGAAGAGACAAUUGAAAAACUGGCAAAACUGUACGAGCAUCCUGGUGACAUCGACCUGGUCAUUGGUCUGAUGGCAGAGUCACCUGUUCCUGGAUCUCUUUUGGGACCGACAGCAAUUUGCAUCAUUAAGGAACAACUUUGGCGCACAAAGGCAGGAGACAGAUACUUCUACAGUCACCAAGAUGAAGCCGGCAAGUUCACCAAGAGACAGCUUGCUGAAAUAAAGCGCUCAUCUCUCGCAAGACUACUUUGUGACAACACACCUUUUGAUAGAAUUCAGAAGGAUGCCUUCAAACCGGUUUCUGAAAGUAAUCCUAUCGUCCCAUGCGAAGAAAUCAAAAAAGUCAACCUGGAAGCGUGGCAGGCCUCAACAGAACAACCUGACAUUCUCACUCGCACUAACAAUUGGCUCAAAAACAAAGUCGGCAGCUCGGGAAACUCCACCAAGUAG